AUACCGAAGUCUUCUUAUAAGUAUAAAAAAGAGGGAUAACAGAGGCAGCCAACCAAGAAAGAAAACCGAAGCAAAAAAAAUCAGACUCCUACCUUAUUUAGGGCGCCAAUCUCUUACUUUCCAUUAUAAACACCCGAGAGAGAAUCAAAAUAACAUAUAUAGAGCUUCUAAGAAAAUUUCCCAAUAAUAAAACCUUUUUUUGUGAUGAACUCGUGUAUAAGUACAUACAAUAAUUACCCAGAAUUCUGCUAUUUUUGAGAGAAAACAAGAAAAAAAAUAUACAAGAAAUAGAAGUAAAUUGUAGAAAAGAAUGGUAAGAAAGUUAAUUAGUAGUAAAUAUUUGUUUAGUGGUUUAAACUGUGGAAUUAAUGAGGUAGAAAGAGAAACAGAGCAUGAAGCUUCAAGUCAUGCUGGUUAUGAUCUGACGACUGAGAUUUUGCCAUCACUUGGUGCUAGAAGCCAUGCUCAAGUUAAAAUCAGAAGAUUUAUUAUUUCUCCUUUUGACCGCCGUUACAGGAUAUGGGAAAUAUUUUUGGUAGCUCUAGUGCUCUACACUGCUUGGGUCUCUCCAUUUGAGUUCGGUUUUUUCGAUUGUCCAAGAAGGCCAAUCUCCAUCAUUGAUAACAUAGUUAAUGGGUUUUUUGCUGUUGAUAUCAUCCUUUCUUUCUUUGUUGCAUACCUUGAUAAAAAGGAAUAUAUACUUGUUGAUGAUCCGAGAAAAAUAGCCAAGAAGAAUACUUUAAGCUUUAAGAUGGUUUUCGAUGUCAUCUCCAUAGUCCCCUCUGAAGUCGUGUUAAAGAUUUUCCCUGCUUCUAGACGAACUUAUGGUGUGUUCAACAUGUUCCGCCUUUGGCGUCUAAGAAGAGUUAGCCGCCUCUUUUCCAGGAUGGAGAAAGAUAGAAAUUUUAACUACUUUUGGGUUCGAUGUAUUAAACUUGUUUUUGUGACCCUUUUUGCUGUACAUUGUGCUGGGUGUUUUUGUUAUCAUAUUGCUUCACAUUAUCAUGAUAAAAAAGCUACAUGGAUUGGCUCAACCACGCCAAAUUUCCUAGAUUACAGUGUGUGGACUCGAUAUGUAAUGUCUGUUUACUGGGCUAUCACUACUUUGUCGACUGUUGGCUAUGGUGAUUUGCAUCCUGUCAACCAAUACGAGAUGCUUUUCGAUAUUUUCUAUAUGCUAUUCAACCUCGGUCUCACUUCCUACUUGAUUGGAAACAUGACCAACUUGGUCGUCCAUGGAAGUAGCCGCACUAGAACAUAUAGGGAUAGCAUUCAAGCAGCUUCGAGUUUUGCACAAAGGCACCAACUUCCUUCCCGUUUGCAAGACCAGAUGCUUGCACAUAUCUGUUUAAAGUAUCGAACAGAUUCCGAGGGGCUGCAGCAACAAGAGAUUCUAGAUUCCUUACCUAAAGCAAUCCGAUCAAGCAUUUCAGUUCAUCUUUUCUACUCUCUCGUAGAUAAAGUGUAUUUGUUCCGUGGUGUGUCCAAUGACCUCCUCUUUCAGCUGGUAUCGGAGAUGAAGGCCGAGUUCUUUUCUCCAAACGAGGAUGUUAUUCUCCAGAAUGAAGCCCCAUCUGACUUCUACAUAAUCGUCAAUGGUUCAGUGAAUCUUAUUCAGUCCAAUAAUGGAUUAGAACAGGAAGUCGGAGAGGCAAAAAAGGGUGAUAUAUGUGGUGAAGUUGCUGUGCUUUGUUAUCGGCCUCAGCUAUUUACUGUGCGAACCAAGCGGCUCUGUCAGUUGCUACGGAUUAAUCGUACAAAUUUCUUGAACAUUGUGCAGUCCAAUGUAGGAGAUGGUAACAUAAUCAUGAAUAACCUCUUUCAGCAUUUGAAAGAUCAUAAAAAUGACAAUAUCACAAGAGAAAAUUUGGCGGAGGUAGAGAAGAUGAUAGGUCAUGGAAGGCUUGAUUUACCACUUAGUCUAUGUUUUGCUGCUAUAAGAGGGGAUGAUCAUCUGAUGCACCGGUUGCUGAAACGAGGUCUUGAUCCCAAUGAAUCAGAAGAUAGUGGAAGGACAGCCCUUCACAUUGCAGCAUCAAAUGGGAGUGAAAAAUGUGUGAAUCUCCUGCUAGACUAUAGUGCUGAUCCUGAUUGCAGAGAUCAAGAAGGGAGUAUACCACUAUGGGAUGCAAUGCAGGGUGGACAUGAAGCAGUGGUGAAAUUGCUAAGAGAGCAUGGUGCCAGGAUUUGUGUUGGCGAUGUUGGUCAGUAUGCUUGCUUAGCCACCGAGCAGAACAACCUCAACCUUCUCAAGAAGAUCGUUCGCUAUGGUGGUGAUGUAACACUACCAGCUGCUACCUUAAUUGCACCUCCUACAGGUGAGGUCCCUCUCCCGAAGUUCAAUGGUGCCACAGCUCUGCACGUGGCCGUUGGUGAGGGAAACAUCAAGAUUGUCGAGUACUUGCUUGAUCAAGGAGCUCACAUUGACAUGCCGGAUAUCCAUGGGUGGACCCCGCGAGCUCUUGCUGAGCAGCAGGGUCAUGAAGAUAUAACCACCCUGUUUCAAGCCAAGGCGGGGCCUAAGCCACAAACAGUUUUCCAAGUCCAUGAAGAGCAGAGAAACAAAGUAAAUUUCCUUGGGAGGUUUACUAGUGAACCAAAUCUGUAUCAUCUUAACUUGUCUGAUGAUGGAUCAGUAGGAUCAAGAAUGAGGCCCAGGAGAAAGGUUAAUAACUUCCGCAACUCGAUUUUUGGAGUCAUGUCGGCUGCUCAAAACGGGCAUAGUGAUCGAUUUCCAACCAUCGAAGAGAGUGAUUUACGUAGCAAGAACGUUUGUCGUCAGCAACAUGUUGAUGUUGCUGCUAGAGUGAUCAUUAGCUGCGCUCAAGAGGGAGGAAAAGUUAGGAAGUUGGUUGUUCCACUACCUAAUAGCUUUGAGGAGCUACUAGAUGUUGCUACUAAAAAGUUUGGGUUCUUUCCCUCUAGAAUUGAGAAUGAUAAUGGUGCUGAAUUUGACUGCAUUGAAGUCAUUAGAGAUGGUGAUCAUCUUGUUCUUGUAAAAAAUGAUACGAAUGAAACUAGUUCAGAGUCCAGAACUAUGGGGGUUUGAUCUUAAAUCUUCUUCCUACCAUAAUUUAGUAAUGGAAAAAGUUUUUGGAGGAUAUAGUCAACUUCUGAUAUUGUUAAGGCAUCUAUUUCACUGGUUGCGUAUCAGUCUAGUUCAGGCAAGGAGUGAUAGAUGUUUAUGCAAUUAUGUGUAGAUAAGUCAUCUCGAUAGAAUUCAGACAACAUACUUUCUCCAUUCUUUUAAUCGACCA